ACGCCUUGUUUGUCCCGAUCAUGAUCACACUGCACAUAGCCGCGGCGCUAUCUAGUCUCUCAUAAGGUCUCACUUCUGACCGCGGAAUGCACCGUUGUGCAGCCAUGUCUACCUCCACUCAGCCCGCCUUCGCCUGGCCCCAGUCCCAAAACUGCGGAUACUCGACUCUCUUCAAUUCUGGUCUCAAGGUCAUGACGACCAGCAGACCAUCUUCCGUGAUAGUGGGCCCGUCGGCCCUCUCACCAGACGAUAGCGAAUCGCCCAAUGUGCCAGAAAAGCGAGGCCAUGUACGAAAUGCUUCAUACCCCCAGCGCCAAUUCCCUCAGACUGCGCUGCCAAAACUGGCGACACACGAGCAACUCGUAGAUCGGCCUGAUCGCCUCCGAGCGGGUCCACACCCCACUAUGCGAAGACACAGCCCACUACCAAGGAGCAUUCCUAGUUCCUGGGAAACACGAUAUGCAGUAUCCCCGUUACCGCGCACCCCACGCACCCCCCGAAAUAGUCGGAGAGACUCAUUCUCAAGCGACGAUACAGAACGGAACCCGCUCUCCUCCUUCCUGUCUCUCACUACAUCGCCUACGGAAAGUUCCAUCGACCUGGCGUCCCGACGCGAUCGACGCGCAUCUAUCCAGACCCUCCCUCUCCCUCCCAAGUCGACUAACACCGCAAGCAGGCGACGCUCCGUCAUGAGCGCUGCCGAUCUAUACAUGUCUGCCCUCGACGAUAGAGGCGAGAAGAAUGCCAGCGUCUUCGACGACGUCGGCGGAUGGAGCGAUGAUGUCCUCGGGGAUUGGCGCCAGAUGCUUGACAGUGCCUUCCAAGAUGACCGCUCGUUCCUCAUCACGUCUUACUGAUUCAUGGAUACAUCACGGCGGUCGUCCUGCCUUACUCUACACCAGUAGUCAUGCUCGCUGCAAUUAUUUCUCUAUUACCAUCCUAUGUGUUUUGCCUCAUGUCCUUCUCCCUCUGCUAUCUUGACACAAUCGAGGACUAUUAUAUCACCAUAGAACUCAUCUGCCAUUUUGUACUUCAUAAUUCCAAUAUUGGUCGCCUGAUUGAUGUAGCAUGGAUGCUGUUAUAUCUGUAUGCAUCACAAUCUGAUACUUUACACGCUAUUGCAACGUUGCUAGCAAGCU